AUGUCCUCUAUCACCAAUACCCUACAAAGACUCCUUACAGAUGGAAAACCUUCAUGCUUCAGUUGUGAGCCAACCUGCACCAGCUCCAACCAGUCAACUGGCUGCUCUGACACCCCUCCGAGCCUCAACUCCCUGCUCCACAGCCGUGAGAUCACAGGGAUAUCGGAUGUGAGCAUGUCCCCCGAGCCUAACAGCCCCACCCUCCUCAGUGAGUGUGCAGAUACAUACUGCCAGGCUGAGCGCUGGAGGCUCCUCCGUACCCGUGUCUGCAAACUGCACUUCUGGGAAGAUUUCAGUACCGAGCUCAUAGGGAGUGGCUUCUUCUCUAAAGUCUACAAGGUGAUGCACAACACCACGAUGAAGGUGAUGGUGGUGAAGGUUUAUAAGAACGACAUGGAUCAGGACAGCAUCAUGAGGGAGAUCAGCCUCCUGCAGAAACUCUCACACCCCAAUGUGGUAAAGUACCUGGGGAUUUGUGUCCGAGAGGAUAAACUGUACCCGAUCCUCGAGUAUGUAAGCGGAGGUUGUCUGGAGGAGCUCUUGGCAAGGAGUGACAUCAUGCUGUGUUGGAGGGAGAAAGUGGAACUGGCCUGUGACAUUUGCAGAGGAAUGACUUACCUACACUCCAGGAACAUCUACCAUAGGGACCUGAACUCUAAGAACUGCCUGAUCCGAGUGACCGCACACAGCAGAGAGGCAGUGGUGACAGAUUUCGGCCUUGCUCGAGAGGUGGUGGAGCUUCCUGUUAAUGGUCCUGACAGAAAGCUGUCUUUGGUGGGUUCUGCAUUCUGGAUGGCCCCCGAGAUGCUGAGAGGGGAACCAUACGACCGCAAGGUGGAUGUUUUCUCCUUUGGGAUUAUGCUGUGUGAGAUUCUAGCUAGAAUUCCUGCUGACCCUGAAGUUCUGCCGAGAACACAGGACUAUGGUCUGGAUGUGGAAGCGUUCAGUGAGCUGGUACAGGGAUGUCCACAGAUAGUUCUGGAGCUCUCAAGCAACUGCUGUCAGAUGGAUGCAUAUCAGCGGCCAUACUUCUCUGACCUACUGGAAAAGCUAGAGGACGUUGCAGAGAGUCUGGAGCCUCCAGGCUGUCCUUUGACCUCAGGAUGAACUCUGACCCCAGGCUUACAGACAUUACAGACCUACAGUGAUGGACAGGAUCAGAC